AUGCUUUUCUGUCCGAACUGUUCCAAUAUCCUCAUUAUCGCCGCUGAUACAGGAAGAAAUAAAUGGAGAUGUCCAACUUGCCCUUAUGAAUUCCCCAUUCAUAAGCAAAUGUCUUCCCGGACACGACUGAAGCGAAAAGAGGUCGAUGACGUUCUAGGUGGAGAAGCCGCAUGGAAAGAUGCUGAUUCUACUUCUGCUUCAUGCGAGAAAUGCGGGAACGACAAGGCAUACUUUAUGCAGUUGCAGAUCCGAAGUGCCGACGAACCUAUGACAACUUUUUAUCGGUGUACAAGAUCGACCUGUGGUCAUAACUGGCGUGAAAAUUGAGCGCGUAUCCGGCGAAAGGUGUCCCUUUUUUCCGCCCUUCUCUCAUCAUCUGUGUACACCAUCUGUCUCGAUCCAUGCGACAUUCUCAAUACCAACCUUAAUUCGAUCCAUCAAUUCGCUACCAAAUCUCAUUUUAAAUUUGUUGUUCUGGUCGAGUACCUUCUUGAUCAUGGCUUCAAUAACCUCCUUCGUCAGCCCGAAC